AUGGGGUAUGGCGGUGAUCAGGAUGCUGGUAUGGGUUAUGGCGGUGAUCAGAAUUCUGGUAUGGGGUAUGGUGGUGAUCAGAAUGCUGGUAUGGGGUAUGGCGGUGAUCAGAACGCUGGUAUAAGGUAUGGUGGUAAUCAGAACGCUGGUAUGGGCUAUGGUGGUGAUCAGAACGCUGGUAUGGGGUAUGGCGGUGAUCAGAAUGCUGGUAUGGGUUAUGGCGGUGAUCAGGAUGCUGGUAUGGGUUAUGGUGGUGAUCAGGAUGCUAGUAUGGGGUAUGGUGGUGAUCAGGAUGCUGGUAUG